ACACACACAGGCUCGGCGUCGUGUACGACUCUCCCUUCCAAAUCCGAGUAGGGGAUUCCGUCCUGCCGUCCGCUUCCAGCCCCCGCCCCCGGCCCCCGUUACAGCUGCCAAGAUCCCCAAUCCCCGGGGCGAAAUCCCAGGAGGAGCAAGGCAAGAGACAGAAACAAAUUCUUCGCACCAGCGCCGUCGAGCGAGAGAGAGAUACAGAGAUGACGUCGGCGAUCCGCUCCGCUGCGGCGCUCCGUCAGCGGCUUCCACGCCUCCUGUCCUCCGCCACAAGAUCUGUGCCGCGAGCGCUUGAGGAGGAGCGGCGCUUUCUGUUCCGGCGCGCCGGCCCGCCGGCCAUGGGGGAUCCUCGACUUUUCAGCUCCAGUUCCACCGGGAAGUCCUACACGCAUCCUUGUAAACUCAACCUGCGGCACAAAAAGCAAUCCCUGGAGGACAGCUUGGCAUACCUUAACAGGAUGGCGAAGAAGGAAGCUCGUGACUGGAGAGAGAUGAGGCAACAUCUUGAAGCAUCGGAGCAAAGACAAAUAGAGCUCGAGAAAGUGUACAAGCGACAGGAUAGGGUGGUAAAUUGUGCCGCUGCCGCUCUAUUCCUUGCCUUGUUAGCCGGCAAUGUGUUCUUUGGUUGAGUCAGGAAGAGAAAUGGGAAAAGGCAAUUAGGCCUCUAAGUUGGUGUAUAUUAGUGUUAUAUGAGUUUUGGCCCGUAUUUGAAAUAUAUCAAACUAAUUCUUACGCUUAAGUUGUGGAUCUGUUUUCUUGGGGUCUUAAGUUGUGGACCUGUUUUUCUAGUGUAAACCUAUUCAAGAAGUCAUUAUUGUUGACCUCUGUUUGGUUUGCAUAGCAACUUAAGUUUCUGGUUGUGAAUGUUU